UUUCUUUCAUGACUUUUUGUAUAGAGUAAGAGGCAACUAACUUACAAUGCAGAAGUUGAUUCUUGAUGGGCAGGAGAACACUAGUGAUCAUCAUGAGUCUGAUGAAAAUCACCAAAAUCAUGAUCAAUGUAUUGUUGUCCCAACUAUGCUCAAUGCAAUUGCUGAUGGCUUUAUCAAGAAAGAAAAGUCAUGGUUUGCCACUUCUCAGCUUCCAAGUGAUUUAUCAAUUCGAGUUGAAGACAUCACAUUCUAUGUUCACAAGUAUCCACUUAUUGCAAGGUGUGGCUACUUGAAUCAAAUUGAACUUCAUGAGCAUCAAAAUUCACAUUUAGGAUAUGAUAUCAAGCUUGAAAAGUUUCCAGGUGGAUCAGAAACUUUUGAGACAAUUCUAAAAUUCUGUUAUGGCUUGCCAAUAAGUCUAAAUCCAGCAAAUGUAGCAGCAUUGAGAUGUGGAUCAGAGAUUUUAGAGAUGACAGAAGCAAUGGAAGAAGGGAAUUUGAUCUCGAAAACGGAAGCUUUCUUCACAUUUGUAGCCCUUUCGUCGUGGAAUGACACAAUCGCGGUCAUCAAAUCAUGUGAAAUGCUAUCUCCAUGGGCUGAAAAUUUACAGAUUGUGAGAAGGUGUUGUGACUCAAUUGCCUGGAAGAUAUUUAGAGAGAAUUCAUCAGGAGGGGAAAUCAUAACGAACGAAGGAACCUGGUGGUUUGAUGAUGUUGCCACUCUCCGUAUUGAUUUCUUCAUGAGGAUCAUUACAGCAGUGAGGGUAAAAGGGAUCAAACCUGAGAUCAUUGGUUCGUGUAUUAUGAACUACGGAGAGAAGUGUUUGCCUAGCAUAUAUGGCGAUACGAAAGGAAUGGAUUGUAAAAAUGGUACUAAUAGAAGGAACGAUUCGCAAUGGAGCAUCACGAGUGGGAGGAUCGUGGAAACGAGCAUUGGACAGAAUAAGGAACAGAGAACAAUUAUAGAGAGCUUGAUCAGUAUAUUACCUCCUCAGAAGGAAACUGUUUCUUGCAAGUUUCUUUUAAGGUUGUUGAAGAUGUCAAUUGUGUAUGCUGCAUCACCAGCUUUGAUUUCCGAGCUUGAGAAAAGAAUCGGGAUGGUGCUCGAAAACGCCAGCACGAACGACCUCUUGAUACCUACAUAUGCAGUAGGUGAACAAACAAUCAAUUCAAAUGAAGAACAGACUAUCCAUAACAUAGAUGUGGUGCAGAGGAUUUUGGAUUAUUUCCUGAUGUAUGAACAGCAAAAAUUGCAGCAACAAGAACUGAAGUCGACGACAUUGAAUAUCAGUAAACUGUUUGACAGCUACCUAGUGGAAAUUGCGAGAGAUCCCAAUGUAUCUAUCACUAAGUUCCGAGUUUUAGCUGAAUCAUUGCCUCGACAUGUUCGAACAUGUCAUGAUGGACUCUACAGAGCUAUUGAUACAUACCUUAAGACUCAUCCUUCACUGUCUGAACAUGAUCGACGAAGGCUAUGCAAGAUCAUGGACUGCGGAAAAUUGUCACUUGAUGGAUGCAUGCACGCUGCACAAAACGAAAGGUUGCCUAUGAGAAUCAUUAUCCAGAGAAUAAUGCAGGUUUUGCUGUCGGAGCAAGUGAAGAUGAGGGCUGCAGUACAUGGUAAGGAUAUAACAGAGAGUGACGAUAACUCAGACAAGGAAAACAGCUGGUCAUCAACGAAGAACGAGGUCAAGUCCCUUAGAGAAGAACUCGAAAAUGUGAAGAUUCAAAUGACUGAGCUUCAUAGGGACUACUCUGAGCUGCAACAAGAAUACGAGAAGACAAACAACAAGCAUAGAAGUCCGUGGACAUCGGGAUGGAGGAAGAUGAAAAAGUCUGCACUUUUCAUUAGAAAAAUGAUCGAGGAUGAAACUCAAGAGGGAGAGAAUAAAGUUAAACCAGGCCGAAGAACACAAUCCAUAUCUUAAGUGCAAAGUUUAUACUUGUUUUCAUGUAUCUGGUUGAUGAACCGAUUAAAGUACAACUCUUUGUGGCAUGGAUGGAGUUUGGAUGCAUAUUGUAAGUUAUCUAUGUUGGUCGGACUUUUCAAAA